ACAGCACCUGGUACUUCCCCAAAAGAGCUAGAUACAGCUACAGGUAUUCAGCAGUCACCAGCACAUUCCUGCAGGGAAGUAUUCACAAAAGCAGUGGCAUCUCUCUGGAGAGCACAGUGAUCAUCGAGGUAUUGGGGAAUUGCCAGAUGAUUUUGAAAGUGCAAGACGUACAGAUUAAGAAAAGUUUUGCAUCCAGAGAGGAGUCUCUGAAGGAAGUGGACAGUCUAAGGGGAGUACUAGAACAGCAUCCUCUUCCUUUUUCUUUCCAUGAUGGGAAAGUUCUGAAGCUCUGCCCAGCGAGGAGUGAGCAGACCUGGGCACUGAACAUAAAGCGAGGCAUUCUCAGUGUCCUGCAGACAGCACAAGCACCCGCUGCUGGUGCCGUCGUUGAGGAGGUGGAUGUUCUGGGAAUAUGCCCAACCAGGUACCAGCGAAAGGGUCCCGUUCUUGUAAAGACAAGGGACUUAAACCUCUGCUCCCAUCGAUAUUCUGGUUUUACUUCUGUGCAGUCUAUUGUUCUUCCUCAUGUGUCGUCUGAGCAGCAGGUCCUGUCUUCCAAACUGGAGUGUGUUCAGAGCAUUAAGGAUGGAGUCCUGGCAGAGGCCAAAUGUGCCGAGUCCGACCGUGUGACGCUGUUCCCUCAGGAGGGCGGCGGGACAGAGACACAGACACAGAACUCACUGCAGCUGCUUCAGGUGGAAGCAGACACACUGCACAAAAAAGUGGACUCCGAGGAUCUGUACGUGACCAGCAUUCUCUAUGAAAGGGAAGAAAGGGAGAGGGAGGUCACAGGAAGGGAAGUGGCUGACCUGGUGUGGAAGCUUUGCUUAGCACACAGUGCGAGUUACGAGACUGCAGGCCUUUUCACGACUCUCGUCUUUGAGCUCCGACACCUUUCUCUUGAGGCCUUAAGAGCACUAUGGCAAAGAUCUUCAUUUAAGUGCAGAGACAACUGGCAACCAUUAAUAGAUGCUCUCCCAUCUUGUGCUACAGAGGCAUGUGUUGUCCUAAUGAAAGAACUUGUGGCCUCUGGAGAAGUUGAGGAGGACAAAGUAGAAUAUUUCUUCUGGUCAUUUGCAUUCAUUCCUAAGCCCACCUCAGGCAUGAUUGAAUCUCUAGCUCCUUUGCUGAAGUCACCCAGAGCGAGCCAGAGCUGCUUCUUGGGAGUAACUGCUCUCCUACACAGGUUUUGUUCAGCUCACAGCUCCUGUGAUGAUGUACCUGCUGUGCAGGGUGUGCUGGGGAUUCUUGGGAAGUUUUUGGGAGGCAACUGCACUGUGCAAGAUUCAGAACAUCUCAGUGAGAUGCAACUGGUGUUAAAAGCCAUCGGAAACGCGGGACUGGCAGCGGCUUCGCUGGCUCCUGUUCUGAGCUCCUGUGCUUCCCUGAGCAGUAAUCCCGUGGAAAUCCGCCUAGCUGCUAUCCAGGCCUUCAGGCGCAUUCCCUGCUCUGUCAGGAAUGAUAUAUUAGUUCAGUUGUAUCAAGCAACCAGCGAAGAUGUGGAAAUAAGAAUUGCUGCUUAUUAUAUAGCAAUGAAAUGUCCACAUGAAGAAUUAUUUAAACAAGUACAAAAGACUUUGCUGAAAGAAACAUCCAGCCAAGUGGGCUCCUUUGUUUGGAGUCACCUCUCUCAGAUCCUGGAGACAGAUGAUCCACUGAAGGAGCAUCUUCGAGAUUCUAUUCCUGAUGAAAUCCUUAGCAGAGACUUUGAAAGGGAGACAUGGAAAUACUCCUCAUAUUCUGACGUCACGUUUCACUCAGCUGGUGCAGGUGCAAAUGUGGAAGCAUCAGUGGUGUUUUCUCCUGCAUCUUUUCUACCACGAUCAGUUAUGACAAAUCUGACUGUUCACCUUAUGGGACAGGCUAUAAAUCUACUGGAGGUUGGUGUACGAUUGGAGAACGCUGAAAGUCUGGUACAGAAGGUUUUUGGGCAGAAAUCUGCUUCUUUCAGUGACUAUUUUUUUGGAAACAUUAAGGAAAGAAACCACAAAUCAGAAACCCCAGUGGAAACAGCAGGGAAAAUCAAACAGAGGAAGCUGAAUUUGAAGCGAUACAGCCCCGCUGAUCACCUUGUGACCAAGAGUGGCAAGCCAAAGUUGAGAAAAACAAGCCAGAAUUGUCUUGGUAGAAAGUACAAUAAGAUGAGUGAGUUGGUCAAAAAGGUAACUGACUCUGUAGAUCUUGGAAAAAUUAAUGACAUUCCCCAGGAGCCUAAUGUGUCUUUACUAAGAGCCUGCAUUGAGGAAUUGUGUAUUACGAGUUUGAAGGAAAUUAUAACAUCGUUCUCUUUGAUUUCUUUCUUUGUCAUGUGUCAGUUCACCAAGAGAACGGUGAGAAAGGAGGCACUGAAAUGUGAGCUGAGCAUGAAAAUCUUUGGAAAUGAACUUAGCUUCUUAGAUUGUGAAGAUUUAAGGAAACAAAUGAAACAUUAUUCCUUAAAUCUGGCUGAGUUGGCUGUCAAACUUCUGAAGGGUCAGGAGGUCCAGUUUAAUAAAAGGAUGAGUUUGGCCACUGAAGAAUUGCAGUUUCCAGCAAUUUCAGGCUUUCCUGUUCAGCUGGCAGUCAAUGCCUCUGCAGCAGUCAACAUAAAAAUCAAAGGGAAUGCGGAUUUCAAACAACACUCAGAUUUCUUUCUCAACGGGUAUAUCAAGCCAAGUGCAUUUGUUCAGCUUUCUGUGCACAUGGGAACUGUGGGGACUCUGGGACAAGCUGGCCUAGGCUGGUUAACAGGAAUGAGGACAUCCACUAGUCUUGAUGGGGGAAUCCAGGUGAAAAAAGGGCAAGAGCUCAAAGUUUUCUUGAACACUCCAGAAGAAUCUAUGGAGAUAAUUAAUUUCAGCUCUAAACUCUACUUCAGAGGGGUGGAUGAGACAGAAGAAAGAGAUGUUUUCCAAGACCACACAGAUACCAGAUCUUGCACUAGGGAGGAAGUGUCUGAGAUCCUUGGCUGGCAGCUCUGCUCUGAAAUGUCAUACCCUGCCCCAGCCAGUUUUGGUUUCCCCCUCCCUGGACCUUUGAGAGUGGCUGUCACGUUAACUAAGCAGGACAGAGGCCUGCAGCAGUACCUUGUGGAAGCUGCAUAUAACUAUGUCCCUCAGGAGAAUUCAUGGAUCCCAAAUGAAGCUGUCUUUCACUUCUUCAUUGGGACUCCAAAGUCAGACUUGAAAAGGGAUGUUGGUGUUGAUCUCAGUUUUAGUGUCCCACAGAAGAAACUCAGGAUCCAAUUCAUACAACCCAAGAGAAAAAUUGAGAUUGAUGGGAGGAUUGAGUUUUCUAAAAAUUCUCGAAUUGGACACCUGGAGCUGAUAGUGGAUGACCGAGACGUGUAUUACAUCAAGGGAGUGACAGAUUCGCAGGUGCUGAGUGGAGAGCAGAGAUCCAUGACCCAGCUGGAGGUAAAGCUGAUAAAGCAAAGCAGUCCUGUCAUUCUGUCAGGAAACAUCACUAAACAGCUUGGCAAGAAGAUAGCUUUCUCAGUGUCCCUGAGUAAUUUACUGAAGGAUGCUGCAUUUCUUUCAGCACUUCUGGAGAAAAAGGUCGAUGACAAGCUGAGACAAUACUCCCUGGAAGGGGAGACCUGCCUGCCAGGGGUUCUUGGAGCUCACGUCAUCGCUCUUCUCCAGCAACAGGAGGGCCUGUGGUCUCACAGUUUGAGGAUAAAAUACGGACUCCUAGGUACACUGACAGAGAAAUGUGUGCUUUCCUUUGGGGAGGCAAAAAAUCCUUGUCAUGAAUGCAGUAUGAGGCAAAAUAUUAAAGUGGAGACAGGUGCACAUGGAGUGUACAAACUGGAUGUUGAGCACGAAUUUCACUGUGUGCAGACUCCAGCCUACAAUCACAAGGUUCACCUGAAACAUGAAGCGAGUGCAUCUUGGCUUUCCUCCCAGAUGGAAGUGAACUAUGGGAAACACUGGAAUGAAACAAGCAACAAGAAGAAACUGCUGAUCAGCCAAGCAUUCAAGAACAGUUCCAGUCCAUCUGUAGUCAGCUAUUUCAUGGAGUUUGCCCUGCAGGUCCUGGAGAAGCAGGUGAAUUACAGAACCCAGCUGCAGCACUUGCACACCUCUCAGGUGUAUUUGCAGAGCAGCACCAGCUUUGAGGUGCAGUACAAUGACCAUGUGCCAUUGGCAGCUGGGCUGCAGUGGAAGGACGCAUCCAGAAAUGGCCUGAAGAAGUGGGAAGGUGGGGUACAUCUAGACACCCCAUGGCUGUAUCUGCAUGCAGCUCACAAACUACAUCAGCCUCAGAAUUCUGCUUAUUUACUGACCACAGAGCUGACAACUGGAAAAGCUCUCUCCAUUAAGAACCUCGUAGUGGAACUGUUCUAUAAAGAUCAAGGCAAUGAAAAGGAAGGGAAAGUUCACAUUUACACACCAGCUACCACAUACCUGCAGGCAUCCACAUUUAAUCGUCUCGGGAGGAAUGUUCUGCAUAGCUAUGGUGAAAUGAUCUCUCUGUGGAAUCAGCUCGUGAAGAAUGAGAUUCAUUUGGAGAACAAUGAACGAGCCAAACUUCUCUGCUUUCUGAUAACGAGUACAAAACAGGAAUUUAACUUCACAGCCAGCUAUCAGAAUCUGCCAAUGCCGAAGAAGACAAACCUUUCUGUGAAGGUUGUAUGGAGAGAUUAUAAAAGUCUACCUGUCACACUGCAGUUGGAAGGUCAGAUAGAGGAGCUGAAGAAGGAGAAGAUGCUCUAUCAAAAACGUGGAACCCUCCAUUUCAGGCAUCCCUUUAAAGUAUCCUUUCUGCAGAGCUUCCUUCUGCAGGAGACUUUUACUGUUGACAAGAAGCAAAAGCAUUAUUUCAUGGAAACAAAGGUUUUGAUAAAUGGGGUUGAGGAAACAGUUCAAACUCUUAUACUUGGUUACCAACCUGAAAACCCCUAUAUUUGUGCUGGCCUAACUCAUCCGUAUAACCACAAGUUGUUCCCCAAAGAUGUUGAAAUAUGCAUUUUAACUCUAAGUCAUCAAAAUGUGAAGAAUGAAUUUGAGACUAUCUUGAAGGUGAAUAAGGAAGAUGUUCUCAGCUUUCUAGGGAGGUAUCAGAACAAAUCCAGUGAGGCUGAUUUUAGACAUGUUUUGCACAUGGAUGUGACCCAUUCAUUCCAGCUGGAGUUUCCACAGGCAAUGGGCCUGAGUGGGGAGCUGUUUUCCAGGCAGAAUAAACUGGAACACUUCGACUGUGGUGUGAGUGUGAAAGCCACCAUCAACAAGAACGUGUCUUCACAGGCCCAGGCAGCCCUGAGGAGUUAUGGUGAGAGCAACUUCAAUGGCUCUCUUCACCUUCACUCCAGUGGCAGGGACAUGCUGAUGCUGGAGGUCGAUGUGAACAAUGAAAACAGGAAGAAUGGCAGAGCUGUUGCACUGAGGGCUUUUCUCCAUCAGACGAUCCUGGCAAACCCAGAAUCGAUACAGCUGCAGCUCGUGGGCAAAGUGUUUCCAUCAAGACUUCUGAUAUCUUCUGAGUUGAAGCUUAAUGAAAAUAGACUUCUCGUGGAUUUCAUGGGAGCCAGGGAACAGAAAGCUGGCUUUGCUUUGUCCCUAAAUGGAAGAGUCCAACACACGUUUGCUGGAUUAAAGGCCAUACCUCAUCUUCUUUCUCUGCAUGGAUUACUGAAGUGCAAAAACAACACUCAUGAUGGUAACAUCAAUGUGAUGGUCAACAAAACACUAUAUGGACUCCAUCUCAGGAACAGGAACGUGUUUGGGAAUGUCACUGUACACAACAUCACUGUUGCCAUGUUCCAGAAUGGCAGUCUGGCAAUCCCAGGGGAGGCAAGACUGAAAGGGCACCUGGAGCUGAGUAAAGAGAUGAAGAGGGGGCUAGCCAGCUUGCAGGUGGAUGAGAAGGCUCUUUCUGUAGACUUUUUCAAUCUCAUGAGUCACGGGCACAGCAGAGUCAGUGGGACUUUCACACAUAAUAUCGACUUCUUAAAAAAUGCAGGAUUGCCGUGGGAUGGCACUCUCACUGCCACGUGUGAGCGUGGCCCAGGAAAUCACAGCCUUGCUGUGGCCCUGCAGAGCGGCAGGGAAGGGAUUACUGCUGUGUUUGGAGGGCACAGCCUGGCCACAGAGCCUCCCAAAUCCCAGCUCUCUGCGAGCUUAAAGCACAACAUCUCAAAGAUAAAGGAACAUGGGAUCCCUUUUAUUGUAGAAGCUGCUGGCUAUUAUGAGAAUUUCACCACAAAGAUUGCUGCAGGGAUAACAACCACAGUGGAGAAGGAACAGCUCAAAAUUGAAAUAGAGAAGGAAACCACUGCCAGUGCUGUGGAAAUUUCGCUUUCACUUCACCAUGAUGUGGGAGGACUGAUGGACAUUGUUCCACAUGUACUAGAGGUUGCUUGCAGUGGAGAAUCUGCCAGCAAACAACUUUCUGGCCUUUGCAAUGGUGCCAUUGCAUUUCACCAUUUUGAGACUCCAGCAAGAGUUUCACUGAAUGGGUCGAUGUUUACCAGCAACUUUACUGUCAUCUUCUUUGGACAUGUUUCCUUUCAUGACCUGUUCGCCUGCCUGCAGCUCCACGCCUCUGCCAACAUCCAGCCUCAUCUGGAAAUUGAUUUCCAGCACUCUUUGCCUUCACUUCAUUCUCUGGGGAUUGCCAGAGAGAACCAAGUGAAGGUGUCAGCCCUGAGAAGUGACAAGUAUAAGGGCAUCCUUGGUAUUGUCCUUGGGCCUUGCAGUUUGAAAGCUGAUGGAGAAGUGAGCCUGGCCAGCAAUGAAACAGAGUGGGUACUUACUGUCAGAAACAAGUGUGCCAGUCUAGAGGAGAUGGGAUUGCCUCGUGCUGUGGUCUUUGGGGGCUCAUUUCAACAGAACAUCUGCAACCUGGGCUUGUUAAUGAACCUCCAGUGUGAUGGCAGAACAGUUGAUGUGCAGAUAGACACUUCCUGCCAACAUGAAUAUACACUCCAAGGGAUGCUCAGGCACUCACUCCCCUGGCUCAGUCAGCUUGGGCUCCCUUUGGAAAACUCUGUCUUGUUCUCUGCAGCCACAGACUCUGCCACAGAGGGCAUUUUGUUGCUGCAGGCUGGCACAUGCAGACUUAAGGCUAGAGGAGAUCUCUGUAUUCAGAAUAAAGCUGAAUGGACGCUGGAAACAGAGUCAGAAUGUCCAAUUCUGCAGGAUCUCAGUUUCCCGACUCAGACACGGCUCACAGGAUCCAUUCAGAGGGACAAGUGCCAAGCAGAGCUUCUCUCUGUGCUGGAAACAGAAGGCAAAAGUGCCCGUCUUGAAGUGAGAGCAGAGUGCAAGCCCAAGAUCACACUGGAAAUUCAGUUCAGGCAUGACCUCCCCCAGCUGAAGGAAAUCCCAAGGGAAAAUGAGCUGUCCAUCACUGCACAGAAACAGCUGAAAUAUUUUCUUGGAAUAGGAAUGAAAGUGGGUGCUUGUGAGCUCCAAAUGAAUGGGGACUUUGACCCUGAAAAGAAGCUUCAGUGGAAAAUGCUUAUAGAAAAUAAAUGCCAAACAAUUCAGGAUCUUGGUGCACCAGUGAAAAUUGAUGGGUCAGGCUACAUUUUGAUGACUAAAAUGAACCUGGAUUCACAGACACUGAUCACUGUUGAUGACAGUAAAUUCCAAGGACUCCUUAUACUCAAAGUCACUGAUGGAAGGCAAGAGCUGGAUGCAGUGCUAACCCACAACAUUCAAGGAGCUGCUGACAUGGGUGUUCCUAUGAAGAUGUUAAUUGAUGUGAUAUCAGAAAAAAACAGUGACUUCUAUAAAAGAUUUAUUCAUUUCUGUGUGAACAGCAAGCAAAUUACAGAAGAACUGAGCUUUGUCCAGAAGUUGGAUGUUGUGGCUCUUAACUACAAACUCACCCAUAACAUAGAGGCACUGAAGACUUUGCAGAUAAAAGACAGGAUUGAGCUGCAGGGCAUCUUGAACCUGGAAGUAACCAAGAGCUUCAGUAUGAAAGUGCUUUAUGGUACUCACCUAACAGUGCUCGAAGGACAAAUCCAGGAGUUUGAAACAAGUACCAACAUAACAGGGAAUUUCCAUCACACUUUGCCAUGGCUGCUACAAGCCAGAGUCCCACCAUCUUUACAGAUAGAUGUGGUUUCUCAAGGGAGAAAUGCUACUCAAGAACGAUACGUGCAUAUUGCAGCUGGAGAAACAUCAAUCACAUACAUAAUAAACUCCUACUAUGCUGGUCACCAAGUGGAUAUCUUCUGCCAAAGUGUACACAGCAGUGAGUUACUCCAGGCAGCUGGUUAUCCUAAGGCAAUCAACUUGAUUCUCAGCUUCCAGAAAUCAGAAAACAAAGCCAAGACUGUCUGUGAAAUCCAAUAUGACGAGAAAGAUGUAACUGUGACUGUGGAUGUUGGCACAGACUUUGAACUCUUCGGUGUAUUUGUGUUCAAGGCAGAGGUGAAGCAUUCCAUGUCACUCCUCCAUCAACUGGGACUUCCCUUCUUUCUUAAGAUGAUAAUUCAGGAAGUCCUGACUGAAAAUGAAACUGCAGGAGCUCUGAGGGUGACCUAUGAACAAAACACAAACUUCUCCUUUGCCAUCAGUAGGAAAAAGGACCAGCAAGGUGAAGAGUUGAAUAUAAAAGCACUCCAGACUCAUCCCUUCUUUCUACAGUACUUCCCCAGUGCAGCAGAACUGUCUUCUAAGGUAAAUUAUGACAUGACUGAAGCAAAAGGCAAACUCUGCCUCAGGAUGGAAAAAAGGGAUUUCAAUGUUACAGCGAAGCUCACUUUGAGUGGAACCAGCUACACUAAUGCCCUUGAAAUAGCACAGACCAUGUCCCAGCUAAAAAUUCUUCCAAGGCAGCUUGUGUUUAUGACUGUUUACCAAAGGGGCAACAGGACACGAAUGCUGAGGCACAUUGCUCUGUGGGAUGGCAAAGAGAUAAAGGUAACAGGCACUUACACUGGACUCUUCCCAAAGCUGCCUGGAGGUCAUGACAUUCAGGUGGAACUUUUCCAUCCUCUCUCCAUUCCUUUUCCAAGGCAUGCCAGGGUCAACUUAUAUGUGAAACACUCGGCACGUAAUCACCGGGACGAUCUUACUGUCAUUUGGAAUGAGAAGGACCAGGUAUCAGUGUCAUCUUCUCUGAAGUUUGGAAGACACCGGACAAACUACAGAGCCACUGUUGCCCACCCCUUUAAUUACACCCUGAAGCAACUGGAGAUCCAUUCCCUGUCAGAAAGAAGGGGCAGAAAGUACAACCAGCAGCUGCAGCUGGCAGGGAAUGCUGGGCAGCCCGCUGACAUCCGACUGACCCUGGAGGAUCGAUCCAAGGUGGACAUCGCUGCCUGGGGGGGCUGUGUGACACUCUCUGCAGGCCAGCUUCAGAGAAUAUUAAGUAUGGAACACCUGCAUGCAUGUGGGUCUCUAGAGCAAAGAUCAACAUUGUUUAAUGAAUAUCUAGAUCUGAACUGGGAUGACAAAAAAAUCAAACACAAUUUAACAUAUGAGAGGAAUCAGUUCUUGUAUCCUGAUAAAUUCCAGUUAGAAGCUGUUCUAGAAAACAUUUUCCUGACCCCAUGCACCAAACAGAAGAUUCUGGGUAAAAUAGAAACAAACUACUGCUCUUCCCUGGAUCAUUAUGCAAGUUUUGAGUUCUGUGACCUUCCAAAUGUAAUUGUUUUAUCUGGAAAACACCAGCUCAACAAAGAUAACACCAUUUUGCAGUCAGAGGGCAGAUUCCACCUUGGUGAUCACAGGACAGAUGAGGGGUUGAUUGGAGUAUCCAUAAAGAAUCAGAGCACUGCUGAUGUGAAGAACUAUUCUAUGGAAAUUCAACUGCAGUUAAGAGCCUUUGAAGAUAUUUGGCUGGGCCUGACAGGAACUGCUACUUCCUCAUCUGUCCAGAGCCAAAUCCUGGUGGAGGGGAUUAUUGAUCCGAAAGAGAAAGUAAAAGUAGCUGCUUCAAAAGGAAAGGAGUGUAUUCAGUACUACCUGGGGUAUCUGAAAGGGGAUUUGGAAGAAGGAAUGGAAGUCAGUGCUUGUUCUGAUGGGCAGGAGAUGGCUGCCAUUAACACCCAUCUCACCAUCAAUGGGGAAAGGCAGGAAAACACGGGACAAGUGACUCUAGCAGCUGCUAAUGGAAGCCUGAGUUUUCUGGCUCAUGGAUGCGGGGAUGCAGUUCUUAAGGCUGAGCACAAGCUUAUUGAAAUUUGGAGUCUUUUGAAAGCCAAACUGAUGGAAAAGAUAAAGAAGUUUGAUGGAUACAUGUGGAGAUUCAGGAGAUCAGUGCAGCAAGUUGGUUUCCUGUCUGAAGCAGCUGGCUGGCCUUCCAUAGCCUUGCAGAAGGCAGCAGGAUUCCUGCACAGCGGGGGCAGAGCUGUCGGCCAGGCGUGGAAGCAAAGCGGAAUCGGGCACAUCCUGAGGAACAAGGUCCCGCUUUACCUGGAUAAAGUUCAAGGUGUUGUCCAGCAAAUGCAGAAUGAAUUGCAAAAGCCACUAGCAACUUUGAAGGAUGCCUACUAUGAUGUGACCUUGAAGCCACUGGAUGAGGUCUGGAAAGAGAAGACAGAAGAGUACAUGAAGAAAAUCCAGGCUUUUUUACCCAAUAUUGUAAAAGAUGCGUGGCUAAUGGAGCCAAUCCAGCUGGCAUUAAAGGUUGUGAAAGCAGCCUUGGAUAUGACCACACAGCAGAUGUUCAGGUGGGCAGAGGCCACAUUUUCCAGAGCUGUGAGCAAGAUCCGGAAGCCCUUGCUCAACCUGUACAGCUUUUCAGCCAGGAACUGCUCCGUGGCCGUAAAGCUGCCAGUACUGCCCAAAGGAGACCACUCCCUACAGCUAGCAAAUGUUCCUACUUAUCUCAUUGGAGAGAAACUAAUGAGGCCUCUGCAAGACCUCUACAAAAUCAACAUCCUUGCAGAGUAUUACAGGUUCAAACGGAGGAUGGUGGAGAGUCCCUUCGAAUAUCACGCUCUGUUAGUGGGGACCAAGCAUCUUGUGACUUUUGAUGGAAAAAUUUAUGAUUUAGCAUCAAAGUGCAGUGUUCUUCUCGCCAAGGAUUUUGUUCACAAUACUUUCACUGUUAUACUGAGUGAGGAAACCAGGAACUCAAGAUCACUGUAUGUGGAGAUGAACCAGACUGUGAUCAGUAUCCACCCAAGACUGAAGAUCUCCAAGAUGUUCUCCUUUAUGGAAGAGAACUGCCAAGUACUGGAUAAAUCACUAGAAAAGAAUACUACUAAUUCAAGGAGAGAAACCAACAAAAUAGAAGUAUCUAAUCAGAAAGGAGUUUCUCUAUCCUGUGACUUUCAGUAUGAUCUCUGUACUGUUACUCUAGCUGGGUGGCACCACGGUAUCUCAGCUGGGCUUUUCGGUACCAAUGACAAUGAAGCUGGAAAUGAAUGGAUGCUUCCUAAUGGUUCCUUCACUGACAAUGUGCAAGAGUUCACACAGAGCUGGCAGGUGAACAAGUGCAGUCUUGUACCGAAGAAAGAGAAGCCAUGUCCAAUUAAAGGCAAGCAAAACAUCUGCAAAGUGUUUUUUGAAGAACCACAUUCACUUCUUAGGAACUGCUUCAAAGUUGUGGACCCCGAGCCCUUCUACACCAUGUGCACACAGGACACCUGUGAGUCCCCGGCCCUGGGCGUAGCCUGCAGCUCAGCAGCAGCUUUUGUUCACCUGUGCCACCGGAACUUUGUCCCUGUGGAAAUCCCUCCGCAGUGCUUGAGCCAGUUCUGAAUGGCACAUACCAGCCCUGGAGAUGAAAGAACCCUUUCAGCACUCAAAACCAGAAAACUUAUUUUAGGUAGACCAGCUAGAGGCAGAAGUAGGAGAACAAUAGCAGAGCAAAUGCAUUAGUUAGACAAUGAAUAUAAUGAAGCACAUAUAGAAUAACAGGAGAGCUUUCCACCCAGAACCCCUGAGGGCAAGAGGAAUUAUUUCAGUAUACUGACAAGAAACUACAAUCAACCAAAAGAAAUUGAACAUAGUAGUAUCAGUUACUUUAAAAGAAUUCUCCCUUCAAUGGCAAAAUUGUGUCUCCACAAGCCCUGAAUCAUAGCACAAAUACAAAAGCUGACAAAAGGUGUCUUCCAGCUCAGAUUAGUACAAGUGGAAUACUUUGUGAAAGCAGCAUUAUCAGCUUUGAGUCAGCAC